AUGGUGGUAGUUGGGGUGUCCAUGACUGCAGGCAGCAGCAAACACCGAGAGACGGCAGCAGAAGAAGCGGUGGCGGCAGAAGUGGCGAGCACCAAGAGUCGGCGGCAGGAGAAGUGGCGAGCACCAAGAGAUGGUGGCAGAAGAAGCGGCGAGUACCGAGAGUCGGCGGCAGAAGAAGCGGUGAGCAACGAGAGACGGCGGCAGAAGAUGCGGCGAGCACCGAGACACGGCGGCAGAAGAAGUAGCGAGCACCAAGAAAAGAGACAGGGGCAGAAGAAGCAGCGAACACCGAGAGACGGCGGCAGAAGAAGCGGUGAGCAACGAGAGACGGCGGCAGAAGAAGCGGCGAGCACCGAGACAUGGCGGCAGAAGAAGUGGCGAGCAACAAGAGACGGCGGCAGAAGAAGUGGCGAGCACCGAGAGUCGGCGGCAGAAGAAGCGGCGAGCAACAAGAGAUGGUGGCAGAAGAAGCGGCGGCGGCAGAAGAAGCGGGAAGCACCGAGAGACGGAGGCAGAAGAAGCGGCGAGCAACGAGAGACAGCGGCAGAAGAAGCGGCGAACACCGAGAGACGGCGGCAGAAGAAGCGUCGAGCACCGAGAAGAGAGACAGCGGCAGAAGAAGCGGCGAGCACCGAGAAGGAGUCUGAUGGAGUGGAUCGAUACUGCUUCGAGAGUAAUGUAAGCAGCAAAUGA